GACGUCGUUUCAACGCAUCGCCCCCUGUACCCACCAAUACCCCGAGCCGACCUGAUCUUACUUCUUCAAGCACACUGGAAGAAAAAAAAAAGAGAGAGAGACUGAUGCGAUGAAUCCUCGGAAUUGAAUUCUUCUUCUUCUCCCUCUCUAGUUUAGACUCUAUAGUUUAGAAGAUUCCCAGAAAUUCGUUUCCGUACCAAAAUACGCAUAUUCAAAGUUAAAAUUAUUGACUUUUCGCCUUCCAUCGACGAACGUCGUCUUCUUCUCCAAGAUCACACAGGACCACUACUUUCCCAUCAUUUCAUUCGGUCGGAAUCGAGAUUUCCACAAGCACUCAUCAAAUAAUUCCACAGUCGUUAUCCGAAUUCAAGCCUUCUAAAUCUCAUUUCUACUUAUAAGCCCCUCAAGAAUCGAGAUUCAAUCCCACUGUAACAAACAGAGCAAGCAACUCUGUUUUUGCCCUUUUCCCUGUUGUUUUGACUUCCGUUUGGAUGUGAGAUUAACAAUGGUAUUGGAAUUGGGAAAAUGAUCGAGCAUGGAUCGAGCUCAGGCGUCGUCAGAGAACCAAGUGCUGUCGGUGGACUGCUUAAGGGGGAGCUCCAAGGCCGGCGAAUGGGCCGGCGACAUGCUCCAGACUGGCGACAUAGUCGAGGAGUUGAAGAUCGGAAGUUUUCUCCGGCUGCAGUCCCCGUUCAAGAACGGCAAGAGCGGCGUGCAGAAGCAGCUUCACGCCACUUUCAAAGCCAAGGAGACCUCGAUUCUGGUCCGAGUCAGGCGCGGCCGGGCCGAGUUCGCCGAGCUGCAGGCGUGUAUUGUUCCGAACGAAUCCGCCGGUAAGAAGCAGUACAUGCUCCGGUCCAUUGAUGAUCCCAAUUACGCCGUCGUUUUCUCUGAUCGAACGGAGGCCGAGUGCUUCGAGCUGCAAGCUUCAAGGGCCUCCAGGAUUGUUAGUGCACUAACCAGGACUCGGCUUCAGGAUGGGUAUGUCUCAUAUCCUUGGGAGAAAAGGAUGCAGGAGUUCCUACAGGUUCCCAAGUCAAGUUGCUUUCUAUCCAUACUCCUCUUUCCAAAAGCUUCAGAUCGGGCUGCUCCUCGCUACAAUGACCUGGAAGAUACUCUUGCCAGGGCAAAUGCAUGGCUCAGUGCAUCUCAGGCCUCCGGGGUCCCUGUUGCUUUCAUGAACAUCCAUACUGAGUCCCUGCUUACCAAGAUAUCUGGUGAGACAGCUUCCUCCACUGUCAACAUUGCUGGGUCAUUGUCUGAUUUGUCCAAUCUUGCAAAUGCAAGCCUGUACGGUUUUGAAGAUUACCAUGGGGUAGACAUAGGUGUUGUUAGAGCUGUUCGUCUCUGGUAUGCUCCCCUUGGGGGUGAGUUUGCAGUAGAAAUCAAAUUGAGAGAAGAUGAUUCGAAGCUUGGUUUUGCCAUUAGUCGCACAGAAGAGGGAUUCGUGUACAUUUCAUCAGUCAUUGAUGGGGAUGAAAAUUUACCAGCUACCAGGUCAGGGCUCAGUAAUCUUUACAAAGAAGCUACAGAUGCAUCUAAGCUGCUUGUGGUGUCAAGAGUGUCUAACCAAAAGGUUCUUCCAUGGAUGGUUUCCUCGACGGGUGCCAUCCGAUGUUUUGACACCGUUUCGCUCAGUCAGAAACUCUCCUUGCACCGGCAUGCCACUGCAGCCAUCCUCAUUCACGUGUUUUUGUGGGACCGCACAUUGGCUUCUUCUCCAGGCAGAGACACCUCCAGGUUAAGGGUGGCCGCUGCCCCUAAUGCCCCACCAGCCGUGCCAUUGCCAGAACCAGAAAUUCAUUUAGCCCACCAUCCGUGUGAGAAUCAAAUAGUUCCCUUUUAUGAAGAUGAUGAAGUCCAAGAGGAGCCAGAGAUCGAGCUUGAGAGAGACACUGCUGGGGAAUUCUCUUUCAGAUUCCACAACUUCUCACUUCCAAACAACUGGGUAUGAUUUUGGCUUGAUUUUUCCCCCCGCUCUUUUCGCUUUCCUUCUCUCUUAGAUUGUUGUAUGUAUAUUUGUAUAUCUAAUAGGCAUUUGUUGCCUUUGGCUAUUCAUCAUCAUUAGCUUGAGUGCUUGACAUGAUGAAUAAAAGGUAUAGCAAUAUUCACAGGGUAGAGUGCAAAAUGAUCAAUACAUAAGUUUCAGUUUUGCCACUGUAAUAUGUCUUGUGAGAAUUUGGAUGUAACAUGUACGAACUGUCUUAAUUUAGGAAAUGGCUUCUUCUUCUUUCAGAUUC